AUGAAGGCAAGACUCCGUUUUGAAGGACUAAGAUUGCUGUGCAACCGAGAAUCCUUACUCCAUACUAGGAAUGUGCUUCAGAAAGUUGUCGACAGUAAAAGAUGCUCAUCCAUGGGCUCGUGCAUUGGUAACAAGUGUGGAGACAUAAAUGAAACGAGCCUGCUGCCUGAGUUAAUGAUUGGCAACUCAUUUCCUGGAAUAACCAGUUGCGUAGAAUCCUGUGGUGGACCAGGAUGUGGCUGCUUCCACUGGGAUUCAGGUUGCCUAUUUUACAGGAUGUAUGGUGUACCAAAGGAUGAUCCCUCAAUAAAGGAGCUACACUACAAAUCUUACGUUCUUGUUUUCUGUCCAAACGUUCUCGUACCUAUUCAGAAUUUCGAAAUGACGCUAAGUGUACGGUCGGUUCCACCAAUUCCAAUUCUUGAACAAAAUUUUAUAAGAUCGAAACAUCACGCUGCCGUUUGGAACAGAGAAAAGCGUCGCUCCUCAACUGUCCAUCGCGUAAGCAUGCCUUGUGGUUGA